UGCGGCCACUCCUCGGAGUGCAUCACUUCAGUGGUUGUGCCUACAGGUUCAUUGGAACACGCAAGCCUCCUCACCACGGCAAGGUGACAAUCCAUCGAGGGGGAUAUGUAUGUAUAAUGUGUCAGUAAAGGCAUAUUUGAUCAAUCAAAAUGGAUCUUUCUCUCAGAGCUUCAUGGAAGUAUUGGACUUGAUAUUAAGAUGGGCUGGUUAAAUUUUUGAUGAUAGUCUAUCUGAAAGGGACUUUAAAUUUAAUGGCAGAUUUUCCUGGCAGGUGCAAAAUAUUGCCAGGGGAAUGAUGCUUGAACAGCUUAGUGUUUGAAAAAUCCAGAGCAUUUGUGAUGGACUUGCUUGCUUUUGGAAAUAUUUCCAAAAUAAAAAAGAUUUAUCCCUUUAGAUGGAUGUUCAGAUUAAGAAAGUCAAGAUUCUUUGUCAUUCAUAUGGCUAAAGAAUCUGCUAAAUUUGUGUUCCUAUUUUGCUGAUAAUUCAGAGUGUAUUGAUCAAAAUUAGGCUGGAGAGGGUACUUCAAAUAUCCCUGUCUCGCCCUCACUGGCGGUGGUUCAUUCUGUUGAUGAGUAUGUUAAUAGAAGUUCCAUACAAUCUGGGCUAGCUAAAGUUCACUGUAAGGAGAUUGAGAAGAGGGUGUUGAAAAACCGAGGUUACUCAGACUUAGAGACUGACAAUAUUUUGCCCUCAAAGAGACAAAUUUAUGACAGGGCCAAGAAAGCAUUUAACAAAUGGUGCUUGGAGAACUCAGUAAUGUGGGAUUCCAGCAUUGUCUUCUGUGUGCAUUAGGGGUGGUCCUUUUCUCCAGGCUCCUAUAAUUACGACUGGCUUGACAGAUAUCCCCAUCACAUGAUGCAGCCACCACGUUUCACCAUCGGGAUACUAUUUUGCAUUGAUAGCUUUUCACGUGUGUGAACUACUUUCUGCAACCUACUUCCCUUCACAAAAAUGCAGUCCUCAAAGAAUAAAAAACAAUAUACAGAAGCUUUCUAUAAGUCUCCUUUAGCUGUCCAAAAGACUAGUGCUGAGAUCAUAAAUGAAGCACGAAACACACUAAGAACCUUAAGAACCCAAAGACCAUUUACACCAAGAGAACAGCAAAGAAAACUUUUUGGAUCUGCCUCAUCAAGAACACCUGAAAACAGGCCACCUUCUGCUUUUAGUCUUAAUGCUUCCAGCUUUGAAUCGGUUGAAUCAAGACCUGUAUCUUGUACACGCCUCAGCCCAUUGGAUCAUAAGCCAAAAUUGCUACCAUCAGCCACAAGUGAAGAAGAGCAUCCUGUUUCCCCUGCUAAGACACCAGUGGAUUCAGAAGAGAUUAGAAAAGUCAGCAAUGCGCGUGCAUAUUUGUUUAAAACAGCAUCUUGUGGAAAGCUUCUCCCAGACAAAGUGUUGCUUCCCAUUGAGAGCAAGAGACAAUGUUCUGAAGAACAAACUGCUAUCGGUGAUAUUUCAAAGAACAAUAAUGAACAUUUUACAGAAAAACUCACUGUCCAAUUGAAUUUUAAGGAUGAAUAUGUUGCACUACCUUAUAAAGAGAAUCAUAGUAAGAUAGCUGGCAAAGACAUGUGUCCAAAAAUGACAAAUAUAUCACCUGCAUCUCAACUCAGCAAUCAAAGUGACUUGGUUAACAGGGAGGAAAGUCCAUCACCAUGUCUAGACAACACAGAAAGCUCCAAACCUUUAAACAAGUCAGAAAACAGUUUGGAAGCAAAUGAGACAGAAGAGGAAGAAAACUACUGGAAUGUGAAAGUAUUACCUAUUUUACAGCAGCUAGAGAUGGAGGACAAUGUAGAAAACCUUUGCCAUUCCUGUACUAUUCUCUAUCAAGCCUUGGAAGAAGGAAAUAUGCUUGGAAAGCGAUUUAAAAGGCGAAGUUUGUGUCUGAAGACUUUGUACAAAUUAGUUGACGUUGCUUCUGAUCCACUUGGCCUGAAACUAGCAAAAAUUAUUCUAGACCUGAAAGUGAGUGGGAAGAAUUUACUUAAUGUUUGCAAGCUGGUAUUUAAAAUAAGCAGAAAUGAAAAAAAUGACACUCUCAUUCAGAAUGACAGGAUAUUAGAUUCUCUGCUUGAAAUUCUGGGAACAGAAGACCUGGGAACAAAUACCGAAGCCUUUCUCUAUUGUAUGGGUGCAAUAAAGUUCAUUUCUGGAAAUGCAAGGCUCCUUAAUGAAAUGGUCAGCAAGGGAAGUGUUGAGAUACUGCUGAAGCUAAUGAAACAGAUUAAUGAAAUUGAUGAAAAUGAUGCUCGGUUUUCCAGUUCAGGACAUAUCUUGGUCCAGCUCACUGCCACUUUGCGAAAUUUGGUAGACUUGCCUCAGUCAAGAUGCAAACUCUUGGAGUGUGGAGCGAUUCCAGAACUUUCUUUGGUGUUGGAGAGACAUAUGAGUGAUAAGGAUGUGUGCACCAAUGUGGCGAGAAUAUUCAGCAAACUUUCCUCCUUGAAUGAUUGCUGUGCAGCUUUGGCAGAUUGCUCCAGAUGUUACAUCUUAUUUUUAGCCCUACUAAACAAACACCCAAAGAAGCAGGAUUUAGUUGUUCGUAUCAUUUUCAUUCUGGGCAAUUUAACAGCGAAGAACAAUCAAGCCCGGGAAGAGUUUUUUGAAGUGCAAGGAAGCACUGACACCCUCAUAGCACUGUUUCAAUAUCAUUGUGAUGCUGAUGCUAAUGGGAAAAUGUGGAAUGACAGUGGCGAAUUAAAAAAACUCAAGCACCCAUCUGAAGCAGAAGACGUCCUCAUUAAACUUAUAAGAGUAAUUGCCAAUUUGUCUAUUCAUCCUAGAAUAGGUGCUAGUCUGGCAACCAACCCUCAGAUUGUGGCAUUACUUAUUCAAGUACUAGAAUGCAAAUCAGUGGAUGAAUGUGAGGAACUGGUUAUUAAUACCACAGCAACGAUCAACAAUUUAUCCUUCUACCAAGUGAACAAUUCUGUAAUCCAGGAAAAGAAAUUAUAUAUUGCAGAGUUGCUUUUAAAGCUGUUAAUGAGCAGUAAUAUGGAUGGAAUUCUGGAGGCGAUUCGAGUUUUUGGUAAUCUUUCUCAAUGCCAUGAAAUCUGUGACUUCAUUAUGCAGCGAAAGGUAUACAAGUUCAUGAUUGCUUUGCUUGAUGCCAAACACCAAGAGGUCUGCUUUUCGGCUUGUGGAGUUCUCCUCAACCUUACUGUGGAUAAAAGUAGGCGUAGUAUAUUGAACGAAGAAGGAGGAAUUAAAAAGUUAAUUGACUGUUUAAGAGACUUUGGGCCUAUUGACUGGCAGCUUGCUUGUUUAAUAUGCAAAACUUUGUGGAACUAUAGUGAGAGUUUUACAAGUGCUCAGCCCUGCUUUGAAGAUCAUGAUUCAGAUACUUUGCUAGGUCUUCUUACAUCAUUUUUAGAUGAAGAAUUGGCCCUGGAUCACAAUUUUGACAACGAUUUAAGAGAUUAUCACAAACUUUAUUGGGAAACAGAGUUCAAACCCGUGGCACAGAAACUACUUCUGAAAAUUCAAAACUGAAUUUUUAGUUGAGCUCAUGAACUGUUACUUGAUUUUAAGGUGGGUGUUGAGACCAUCAGUAUAAAGGACACGACAAUGUCUGUUAUGUAAGUUGUUUGGCGUCAGAGCAUUUGAACAUGCUGUUUCCAUAGAAAACAUCUAAGUAGAUUAUUUUUGUAUGUAGAUUGUACAUUGUAGAAUACCUUUUCUUAGUUUUCCAUUGGCAUUUAGGGUUUAUAAAAAUAAACCAACUACAACAUCUGGA